AUGAAUGUAAAUCCGAAUCCAGCGACACCAACCAACAGCGGUGCUGACGAAAGCAAUGGUGGAGGUGGUGGUGCGGUAGCAGGAACUGCGAAGGAAGGCAGCGGUGAUGCUGGUGGUGGUGGUGAGGGUGGUGAGGAUGAGGAAUUGAUGAUACAGGAUUGUGAUUCAUUUGCUGAUGUGCAAAAAAAUUCUCUCAAACAGGUUCACUUUUCGUUAAUAUUUUUCUUUCACAAUUAA